AUGGGCCUGCAUCAGAGCUUGAAACGAAAAGGAGCACGGCCCAUCAAGUCAUCUGCUGACAGAUGGGUCUCAUCUGUCAGCACCACCCCGCCCCGCCAAAUUUGGGCUCCGCUCCGAGAAGCCCACGCCGUCGCGUCUCGCGCGCGCCUCCUUGCUAAGGCCGCUGGGCGACGAGGCAAUCAUCCCAUGUUCCGGCUCCACCCCCCCCCCCCCCCCUCUCGCUCCCGCUCUCCCUCCCCUUCGCCCGCGGAGACGGGGUGCGCGGCCUCGACCGACAGGGCUGAGCGGUGGCGGCGGGGGCGGGGGCGGGCGCUGGGGCACAGCGAGGCGUCCACAACCGGGCUGCUGGCGGUGCGGCAGCAAGGGCAGGAGGCGGAGUCUGUGGCGGCGGCCGCAGGAAUGAAGCGAGGGUGCAAGGUGGCCCCGGUGCCCAAGGAGCAGGGGGAGGCCGCGCCGGCGCUGACGAUGCCCGGCUCUCCCAGCUUCAGGUUCUACUGCCAGAAGACGGCGUCCGUCGACGCGCUGGUGGCCGACGCCGACGGCGGCGACAGCGACGGGUCCGUCAGAAUCACGGGAAUUGAAUUGUUUCCUGUGAAAUUCUUAUUACCACCCUUCGCCUCCUCCGCAGAGACGGCUCAGGCGCCCAAGACGAACGAGCUCACGGUGAAAGGCAUUGAGGCGUCCAAACCUAAAGUGUAAGCGGAAGUGAGAAGAAUGAGGACAACUCAAUCGUAUUCAUCAGAGGCUUACGCCUUUUGUACAAGUACAUCACGGUCAUGGAGCUAACUAAUCUAGCUACAUUCAAGGAGAGCCGCAGGACGUGUGAAACUGCUUG